CGCCCCGGCGAUGGUGCCUUCGCUGCGUGGCCCCGUGCGCUGACAGGAAGAUCCAGUAACACCUUUCUUCCUACUUCUAGAAGUUGCUACGGUUUCUCUUGAUUUGAACACACUGUUGGAAACGACUUCUGUGAGCAAGCAUGGGCUGCCGGGAUGUUCAUGCAGCCACCGUCCUGGCCUUCCUCAGCGGAACAGCCUCAGUAGCUGGACUCCUUGCAGCAGUUCUUCUUCCAAACUGGAGGCAAAUGAGACUGUGCACAUUCAACAAGAAUGAGAGGAACGUGACAGUUUACACUGGACUUUGGAUUAAGUGCGCUCGCUUUGAUGGGAGCAGAGACUGUGUGAUAUAUGACCCACAGUGGUACACUGCUGUCGAUCAACUGGAUUUGCGUGUUCUUCAGUUCGCCCUUCCACUGAGUAUGUUAACUGCUGUCUCGGCUCUGUUUCUCUGCUUGAUUGGCAUGUGUAACACAGCCUUUGUAUCGACUGUGCCAAACGUCAAACUGGCUAAAUGCCUUGUGAACAGUGCAGGCUGCCACCUCGUGGCUGGCCUCUUGUUCCUGCUUGCAUGUGCCAUUUGUCUCACUCCAUCAAUCUGGGUCAUUUUUUAUAACAACUAUCUGAACAGAAAAUACGAGCCUAUCUUUAGCUUUGACAUCUCUGUUUUUAUUGCCAUUGCCAGUGCUGGUGGUCUGUUUUUCACUUCCAUUAUGCUGUUUCUGUGGUACUGUGCAUGUAAAAGUCUACCUUCUCCUUUUUGGCAGCCCCUCUAUUCCCAUGCCCCUAGCAUGCACAGCUAUGCCUCCCAGCCGUACUCUGCACGCUCUCGUCUUUCUGCCAUGGAAAUUGACAUUCCUGUUGUGACACAUGCAACUUAAGAAGACAAACUCUUGGAAGCCAAGUUCUUAAGCUCAUUCAGACCGUGAGAAUUGCAGGCUUGAUUCUCUCUGCUGCCUUGUGCUGAGCAUAAUCAUUUGUAAGGUCAGGUUUCCAAAGGUGCAAAGCAGUGGAGCUGCGAGUUUAGCAAGCCUCUUGCUGUUCUCAUGUGUUACUUCCUGACCAACUUUUUUUGUUUUCUGUUGGCUUUUUUUUAACUCUGAGCUCACUACAGACAAAGUUGCUGCUGCUCCUUGGACAUUACACUAACAAUAGCACCCGUUCAUCCUUCUGAUUACUGAGGUCAGAGCAGGUUUGAACAUCUUUGCUAUUUGAUAAGCUACUGGUCCCAUUAUAAGAGCUACAUAGGUGGACCCUUGCACCCCUGCAUUAUCCAAAUGCAGGCAGUGGAACUGAGUGCAAGGAGUUCAGAUUUUCAUGUUCAUCUGGACACACAUAUUUUAAGAUGUAAUGUAUGAAAAGGGUAUUUGGCAGACUAAUCCAAUUCUGUAGCAGUCUGUUUUCCACUGUACACACAAAAAGCUACCUGCUUACAAACUUCUGUAAUGGAAUUGGUGUCAAAUUACCCUUUAUUUUCAAAGUAGCUAUCAGAAGACAAAAAUCUGAUUUAAGUAGUAAUGUUGUUCUGUACUGUAAUAGCAUUUUGUGAAUUGCUGGAGGCUAGAAACUUUUUUUGUGAUUUUUAUUUCUAGUCUUUUUUACUGAGUUAGCAAGUUCACUGAAUCUAUUUUGUGAUUAAAACAAAAGCCACCUGUAUUUUAAAAAUUCUGUUUAGAAGCUUGAAUAUUUUAUAUGAAGGCCAUCUUAAAGAUAGAUUUUCAAGUAGGCUUUAAAGUAUUAGUUCUGGAGGGAAAUGUCACUUGCUGCAAGAUGGAUUAGGAAAACCAUGAAGAAUUCUGAAGGCUAUGAAAGAUUCUUUUGGAACAGCGUACACAAGCUAUAACAACAUCCCUCUAGGAGGGGGAUUAUAACCCUGAGGAGAGAUUUUUAAAUCUAGAAUUAUUUUUUUUUUAAUGUAUAUACAAGUAACAAUGAGCUUGUGUAUUUUUCAGAGUCGUUUUUUAUGGUUGUUGACUUUUCAUGCUGUAGCUGAUUUAAUUACCAACUUCUCAGCCUUUUUCUUCGACACCUUUCAAGUUGAGCUAUUUUAAAAUCCAGUUAUUUCCUCUGCUGCUACUUCACAAGUGGAAAAAGUUUCCUAUUCCUAUUUGCUGUAAGAUGAGGUUUUAAAUAACUUAGCUUCACCUUGUAGCUCUGCAAGGAUGAGGAAGGAUUAUAAAUUCCCAAUCUGGGAUGUCUUUGAGUCAUGUUUUUUUCCUUCUAAAAUGCAGAGCAAGUCAGCCCUAAGGAUCAAAGCUUUUCAAUAUGGGCUCUGAAAUUACCUGGAAGUUUUAUGACAGUGAGUUGAAGAGUGUUAUAAUUAAGGCAAGUAUUUGAUUUGCUCAGAUUUUGGUGACUUGAGAUCUUGUGUUGAAGACCUCAUUCCAGUAAGGAAAGUUAUUUUGAUUGAUGGCAUUCUGGAGCUCAGUGGAUAUUUGUAUUUUAUUUAUCUCAGAACAAAUUUGCUUUGCUAAAAAAAAAAAAAAAAUCUUAAAUUCCAGUUCUGUAAACUCACCGAAGGCCCUGAAAAUUAGUUCAUUUCUUUUUCCAUGGGAACAAAUGCUGUGCUGGGCAAAUCUUGUUGUGUUACAAUCUGUGUGAUAACAGUGUACUAAGAGGAAUCAUUAUGUUAUAGCUGGUGGAGCUGGGAUUUCGGCAUAGAGUAGGGAAGCUGAUCCCUAUCAUAAAUUCCAGCAUAGUCAGGAAAGUGACAGGCCUUUUGGACCAAGUGCUUGAUUAAAUUGCAGUCUAAGGAAUUAACACUGUAGAUGAUAAAAAGCACUUGAGAACACAGGCCUCUAACAUUACAUGAAUUUAAUACCCUUUUAGGUUUAUGAGGCAUGAUGUUAGGUGAAAUAUCUUUUAUAAUUUCUUUAAUCAAAUUGUGACUUGCAUGGGAUUAGAACACGCAUAAUGACAUGCAAGCCAGUUGUUUCUUCGAAACUGAACUUUGCUUUGCAGUUACUCUGUUUGUCCAGCCUCAGAUUCUGUUGCUGUUUCAGCUGCCCAUAUUGUUUGAUGCCUUGUCAGGUCAAAGCAAAGGGACUGCUGGUUUGUGAUUUAACAUCCGCUUGCUUCUUCAUCGCUCUGGUGUCUCUUCUUCUUUGUGCCUUGCUUAUGUUAUGAGCUGGUCGCUGAAUGUUAGUUUACAGUCAGUGCCUGGUAUGCUUUUUGAAUUUACAUUUUUAUCAUUUUGGAGAGAUGAGGAAUACAUCUCAGUAAUUUUAAAAGGAGCUGAAUCUUCAGUAUCUCCAGAGCAGGAAAGGCAGCCUGGCAAACUGAUGUUUUCUACAAGAGAGUAAAUGCAGCCAGUGUUUUGUUCUGUACACUUUAAAUAGCAGAUGUUUCUGACAGCUCUUUUGUAUUCUUUGAUUUUUAUGCACUAAACUUUCAAUUGAUAUUUGCUGCUGCCUCAGCUGGUAACUUGUUGCUUUGAAAAUUGUGUCUUUCCAAAAGUCUAAUAGAGCCAAGCUGUGGGAGGUGGGGAUCCAGAAGCUAGUGGAUUCCAGCACAGUUUUCACUUAAGGUCUUAUUUAUCAAAAAGACUAUUGCAUCCUGUUGUAUCACUGAAGCACGGAUGGGUUUCUUUGAACAGUGCUGUUAAUGUGAAUUUCUGCUGGAUCCCAAGCGAAAUUAACUGGAAGUGCUGUGCUUUAUUUCUCCUCCUCUACAGAAAGAGGUGGCCAACCUGCGACACUUGAGCCAGGUGCCACUGCAGCAAUUCUCUUGCGAAGGUUACCACUGUGCCCAGCAGCAGGGCUGGGGAGUGACAGGCCUCCUGGGAUCUGGGGGAACAGGACCCAUGUCUCCUGCAUGUGUCUCCACCAGGGGCCAGCUGCUGUGAGUGAUUGGUAGCCCUGCCACUGUACAGCUGCUCUUUCCUGGGCGCUUAGCUAUGUACAGGACAGGCCUCUCUGGGCCUUGAACGCAGGAAGAGGUUUAUUUGUGGCUGAUGCAGUCAGAGGGUGCUCUGGGAUGACAGGAGCCUGUAUUUUUUUUUCAAGUAAUUCCUGUCCAACUUCUGAAGUUGUGUUUAAUUACAGUGUUGGUUCUUUUUAUGUGAAACAAGAUGCGUAUUUUUAAUAAAACAUUCUCAUACAAA